CGUGGUCAGAAUUGGCGGACCGUUGAUUGGUAAAUGUAGACGGAAGCGAUUCAAGAUCGAGGGAUUUCCGGUCGGGCGUGAGUGAGAUGAAGAGGAUGGUGUCUUCCGUCAGUUGAGCUGCAGAGAGAGCCGGGAAUCUGAGCGCGCCGACCGGGAAACUCGAGGUCUGAGAGUGAGAACUAACAUUUGGAUUGGUUCAGGAUGAGUCUCCUGCUACCCAAGCUUUCAUCUAAAAAAGAAGUAGACCAGGCAAUAAAAAGUACUGCAGAAAAGGUUUUGGUCCUCAGAUUUGGAAGAGAUGAGGAUCCUGUCUGUUUGCAGAUAGAUGACAUCCUUUCUAAGACUUAUCAUGACUUAAGUAAAAUGGCUAUGAUAUAUCUGGUGGAUGUGGACGAAACACCAAUUUACACCCAGUAUUUUGACAUCAGUUAUAUUCCAUCUACUGUCUUUUUCUUCAAUGGGCAGCAUAUGAAAGUGGAUUAUGGGUCUCCAGAUCACACUAAGUUUGUGGGAAGUUUCAAAACUAAACAGGACUUCAUAGACUUGGUUGAAGUAAUCUAUCGGGGAGCAAUGCGAGGAAAACUUAUCGUCCAAAGUCCAAUCGAUCCCAAGAACGUUCCUAAAUAUGACCUUCUUUAUCAAGGCAUUUGAAACAUCGACUUGAACCAUAGUUGAAGAGAGAACCGCAGUUGAAACAACACACGUGACCAGAUAUGCUGCUGUUGUGUGACCCUGUUUUCCUGAAGAGAUCACACACCAGAGAGGGGAGGAGGGUAGAAAAGGUUUUAAUUUUAUAUCAAAUUCUAAAAUGGUGUCAGACCCCUGAUUAAGAAAUCAUAUUGAAAUUGUUGAUUCGGGGGAUGGGGGAGGUGGCUCAUCGCUGAUAGGCAAGUUUUGUUCUAGAGCCUUUGAAGUGUUGUAAUAGCUUGAAAUCUAUAUAAAUUUCUGCAACAGUGCCCUUGUGUAGAGCAUAAAGUAACACUCACUAUUUGCACUGCUCUGUAUGAGGUGGUUCUUAUGGUAGCUGGAGGCUCAGACUCUCACCAUUCUGCGCCUCAUCUGAUUGAACCUUUCAUGGGAUGAGUCUCUCCUAGCAGCCCAAGGCUCAAAAGAAGGAGAAGCCAAACUGGAUUAGUAACAGCGGUGGGGAAUCACCUGAUUGGCUUCUGGACUUCUGGAAUCUCCGAUUCUUCCAGAGCCUCAGUGUUGCACCCUCUUUCCUCAAGAAACACUGUACCCCCAUUUCUACAAGGAUCAUUACUGCAGUCACAUCUCUUCGUGAGCAUUUGUGGGAGUACAUCUUUGGAGUCCUAAUUUCCACAAAUAGUUCUUCCUUAAUUAAAGGCCUAAUUAGGAGAAUAAGGACCAGAUCUGUGAUUUCAUUAACAAAUGAAACUCUAAGAUGAGGAAAUUCCUUCUCCCAAUGCAGGUAGCACUUUCUCUGCAACUCAUACUCCUCAAAUGUUGCCUGGAGGACCAAAAAUUUAAGUGACUCACCCAGGGCCACACAGUCAGUGUAUAUAGAGUCAAGAUUCAAAUUCAGGUCUUCCGGGCUCCAAGGAUACUUCUAUUAUGCCACCCUGUCUAAACAGAGUAAAUAGUAGCUCUCUAUAGUAUUAUUUUCCUUCUGAAGACUGAAUGGAUGAGAGCCAAUAAAAUAAUUAUUUUCUGCUGGCUUUAUUGUUCCACAAGCUUUUGAAAUUAUUAAACAACUGAUAUGUGAAGAUAUCAGAUAUACAUAUAUGUCUAUAUAUGCACACAUAUGUACACAUAUGUAUGAAGGGAAUUUAAUAGGGAAACAAAAUAGGCUUUUGUGGAGACAAUAUUAUCUUAUGGUAGGAAAUUGUACUUGAAAAAGGAGAGUAUAAUUUGAAGGGGGCAGUAGGAUUAAACAGGUGGUGGUGUUGGGCUAUCUGUGACCUAAACACUGAGAGAGACAGAAAAAGAAGAACUUUGUCAUUGAAAGAGUUCUGGGAUUUUCUUCUCUUCUUCCAGCCUAUUUGAGCUGUAAGUGAACUUAGGUCUGUAUCAAACUGCUUCAUUUUCUAGGUUAUUGUCAUAGCUGUCUUCCCCUAGACUAACUACCAAACUCAUAGAAGCAGCUGUCUGCAUUCAUUGACUAUACUUCCUCACAUUCUACUCACUUCUCAGCCCUAUGAAAUGGAGCUUCCUAAUCCAUCAUUUGAUUGAAACUGCACCCUCAGGCUUAUCAGUGGGUCAACAAACAUUUUUAUUAAGCAUUCACUACAUGCUGGUGAUCUCUUUAACUGCUAAGUCUGAUAGCUUUUCUCAGUCCUCACCCUGCUUGACUGCAGCAUUUGAUAUUUGUUACUACCCACAUCUUUUUGUAUUGCUUCUAUUCCUUGGGGUUUUGUGACAUCGCUAUCUUCCUGAUUCUCCUCCCACUUGUCUGAUAAGUUGUUUGCUAGAACAUCACCCUGUCCCAUCACUUUACAUGGCUGUGCCACAGGGCUCUGUCCUAGGUCCUCUUGUCUUUCUUUAUACCUUCUCUCGGUGAUCUUAUCUGUUCCCUUUGCUUCAGUUAUUAUCUCUAUGCAGAUAACUCCGAAAUCUACAUAUCUUGCUUUUAUAUUUCUCCUGAGUUCCGAUCCCACAUCACUAGCUUCUCCCUAGACAUUUCCACCUCAACGUGUCCAGAAUGGAACUCCGUGUCUUCUUCACCAAAGCCCACCCUUGUCCUCAUUUCCCUGUAUCUUCAAGAAUACCACCAUACUUCUGGUUACCCGGAUACCCAAUAGGAAGUCAUCUUUACCUAUUCCCCCUCUGGCAAUAAUGCCUCUCUCCUAAUCCCAAUCCAAUCAAUUGCUAAAUCCGGUUGAUUCUAACUCCAGAACAUUUCUCUAAGCUGUCACCUUGGCUCCAUUCAGACAUUGCCAGGGAAGGUUCUCAUCACCUCUGACGUGGACUGUUGUGAUAGCCUCCUAUGGGUCUCCUCUCAAGUCUUUACUUUUUCAAACCUAGCCUCCCUAAAGCAUAGAGGUUGCUGCUGAAGAUGCUUUGGCAGCUCCCUAUUGUUUGUAGCAUGAGAAACAAACUCGUAUUUGGCAUUUAAAACCCUGGCUCCUACCUUUCUUUCCAGACCAUUUUCAUAUGGCUUGCCCUUUCUUUCUGUUCCAGACAAACUGGCCUGUUCACUGUCCUCUGUGUGCCUCUGAACAAGCUGUUCGCCAUGCCUGGAAUGCUCUACCAUUCAAGAUCUCCCAUAUGAUUUCUUUCCUGAUUCCUCCGAUUAUUAAGUGAUCUGUGUACAUGUUGUUUUCCCCCAAGUAGAAUAUAAGGUCCUUCAUAUUUCCAGGGCCUGCCACAGAGUGGGCACUUAAUAAAUGCUUGUUUAAUUGAGUUA